CAGCCGGAUGUACAGUAUACACCCUCCCUGCUAACAGCAACCGCAACAGCUAUAUGCGCCCUUCAGUUCAACCCUCGUGUUAUCUCGUUUAUGGCGAUGGGGAUGAAUCGGAUGAUGGCUCAAUUUAUGCUGGAAACAAACCUGAAUUGUCUCCGGCAUCCCCCAAACCGAUUUCCAUUCAACCACGCCCAUUUCUCAUCAUUUUUUCAUACUGCUAGACGACUCCAAUCAUUUUGCCUUCAUAAACCACCCUCAAAAGUCAAUCUUGAAUGCCUCUGCACCAACGGUAAAACUCCAAGUCCCGAUGCCAACGGAGCAACAAUAGUUCUACAAAUGAAAGACGACAACUAUCACCCGUUUGAGGUCCUCGAGAGGACUAUUCUGAAUACCCUUAAGGCUUUUCGUGAGCCGUUCGCUGCCGCUAUUCUCGCGGGGUUACUGUUUAUGCAUGAGCCGAAUUUUGCUUUGGCGGCAUCCGGCGGGAGAGUGGGCGGGGGGUCGUUUUCGUCUAGAGACUCCUCCUCAUCUAGGUCUUAUUACUCGAUGCGGACUGAGGAGCCUAGGUUUUCGUACUCCUUGCCCUAUCAUGCCCCUUCCCAACUUGGACUUGGAGGAGGUGGGAUUUACAUAGGACCUGCUGUUGGUGUUGGUUCCACUUUCUUUCUUAUUAUGAUCAGCUUUACCGCUUUCAUUUUAGUCUCCGGUUUCCUAUCUGACAUGUCAGAGGGCAGUCUUCUCACUGCUUCUGCUGAGAAAACCAGUAUAUUUAAGCUUCAGGUUGGUUUGUUGGGAUUGGGUAGAUCACUCCAGAGUGAUUUGAACCGGAUUGCUGAAGUGGCUGAUACAUCCACACCAGAAGGCAUAAGUUAUGUAUUGAUGGAAACAACUUUAGCAUUGCUUCGCCAUCCUCAUUACUGCAUCUUAGCGUAUUCAUCGGUUGAUAUAAUGAAGAGCAUGGAACAUGGUGAAAAACUAUUCAAUCAGCUUUCAAUUGAGGAACGAGGUAAAUUUGAUGAAGAAACACUUGUUAAUGUGAAUAAGAUUAAAAGGAAAAGUUCAACAAGCAAGAGUGCAAGUGCAUUUAGUAAUGAAUAUAUUGUGGUGACUAUCUUAGUGGCUGCGAAAGGUUCAUAUAAGCUGCCUAGUGUUAAUGGCAGUGGAGAUCUGAAAGAAGCUCUACAUAAAAUUGCCUCUAUUCCCUCAAGCCGAACACUGGCAGUGGAGGUUCUAUGGACCCCACAAAAUGAAAAUGACACAUUAUCAGAGCGAGAACUUCUAGAAGAUUACCCUCUGCUGCGGCCUCUGUGAGACACGUGAAUUUAACCCCCACAUUUGCUCAGAAUAUAGUUACUUGAAUAUAUAUAUAUAUAUAUAUAUAUAUAUAUAUAUAUAUAUAUAUAGAGAGAGAGAGAGAGAGAGAGAGAGAGAGAGAGGAAUGAUCCUGUCCAGCCGGAGGGACAGGAUCCUCCGUCCGGCCGCCUCCGUUUGGGGCGGUUCCCGGUGGGUUUUUUUUUUAUGAAAUUUUUAUGGAAUGUUCCUCAUCAAGUCUAGUUUAUCCACAAAAAAAUUCAGCUAAAAAUUCGAUGGGGAAGGUAGUCAAAUAAUUUGUUGAAGAUAACUGCGCCAGAAGGAGAAAAAACUUGUCAUCAGUAGCGUAUUUAUGUAUUGACCUUCUCAGAACCUGAGUUUAGAAAAGAACCAUCGGUUCUUCCCAAAUUUGAACCUGAGUUACUUGAAUAUAUAGAUCAACUAAUCAAAUAUAUAAAAAUUACAGAGAAAACGGUGUGGCACAAGAAUUAGGAAACGAGCCUUUUCCAUAUUAAUUUAUCAUUGCAUAAUCUUUUAUCAAUGCGGGAUCAUCUCACACUUACGAGGAAUUGCAUCAAUUUGAAUUUGUUCUGCUCUUGUUAUUUGUGGUUCUGCUCAUUUCUCUCUCCCCUACACAAACCUCAACCAUAAAACUUUUACUUUUCUUAUUUCUCACCAAAUAUGAAGUUGACAAAUUUUAUCGUAGCGGAGGUAAUAUCAUAUUACAGAACAAUUUCUAUCAGAUAGUUUGAAGAUAUUAGUAAACGUUUGGAAGAAUACAUAGACAAGCCAUUGAAAUUUAAAUUGAUGGUUUAUUUAUAGUUGAGUCUUACUAGAUCAGUCUAAUGAAUAAAAUAAAUAAAAUACAUUUUGUUACAACGCGUUCUUGCUUUAGCAAGUGUCAUGAGCUAUAAACACCAUACCACUAUUAACAUAAAUGACUAAUAUAUUUUUAUAUAGUGAAAAGUACGGAAAAGUACUCGUAGACUGGUUGAAUUCAUUUUUAGGCUAAAGGCUCAAAUAGGCCCUUGAACUAGUGACGGCCCCGGUUCGGGCCACCCAGCCCGGCCCGGGAACCGGGUACCGGUUUCGGGUCAUUGGCCAGGUUUAGGGAGGGUAGCAUUUGAACCGGGUACGGGUAUGGGGAAAAUGGAACCGGCCCGGCUGGUUCCGGGCCCGGUUUGGGCUUAAUUCUAUUUUUUUUUUAUUUUUUUUAACUUUCCGGGUUGGGCUGGGUAUUUUGGGCCAUUUGGGCA